AUGAUACGCGUUGAUUUACGAUACGCAAAAGCAAGCACGCCACCAGCCGACAACCUUCACUCACUCCUUCUCCUUUUCUCUAUAAACCCUAAUCCGCCUCCACCACUACCGAAUCUACCUCAACUCACCUCUGACCUCGGCUCAUCUCUUACCGUCGGCGAACUCGGGCUCACUUCACCUCACCAGAUACUGCAACGAUUGCUCAAGUUUACAAGCCCCAGCCACCUGCAGAAGCUUCUUGGGGUGAAUCAUGAAGUGGGUUCUAGAUUCUCAUGGUCUCUUAUUCAUCGAUCAGAUCUUCCACCAGAUGCUUCAUCCAUGGAGUUAUCACGAAGAGUGGAAUGCAAUUCCAAGCUAGCUGUUGCUCUUUCAGUCAAUGAUGAGUUCUUUGUUCCUAGUCUUGACAGGAGAAGUGGAAUCAACUUACCCUGUUACUUUCUUUACCCAUUAAGUUGA